AUGUCGACUUCGCUAUUUCCUGCACCAGUUCCACGACGCAAGUACCCUGUGGAAUUUAAAGCUGGCAAACUUAAGCGAGAGGGAACAUCGAAUACAUUAAAAGCGGACGAGAGGAAAGGUUUUUUUCCUGUACUCCUUACAAAGGGCGAUGACUCAUUGAUGCAUUUUUAUUGGAAAGACAGAAAAACUGGAACUGUGGAAGAUGAUUUAAUAGUGUUCCCUGAAGAAGCAGAAUUUAUUCGUGUAGAACAAUGUACCACUGGUCGAGUUUAUUUACUCAAUUUUAAAUCAUCAUCUCAAAAAUUGUUCUUUUGGAUGCAAGAUGCAAAAGAUGAUAAAGAUGAAGAGAAUGUUAAUAAGGUGAAUAGAUUGCUUAAUGGAUUGACUGAAAGUAGGCAACAAGGUACUAGUAGCACUGGUCCACUGGGUAGCCCUUUUCGUACAAUGGAUGACUUAUCCGGAUUUGAAGUGGAUCAGGAACAGAUAUUGCAAUUACUUCAGGGACAUAGUGCCUUCGGUGGAAGCUUGCCCAUCACAUCUACUACACCCGCUAGUGAACCACAAUCGACCACAGCUGCAACUUCAGAGGCUGGCUCUGGGGCACAAACAUCUGAAAACAUGCUUACUCCUGAGCAGCUAGGUAAUCUGAGAAAUAUUUUGUCCGAAAUACAGGUUCCAGAAGGUGUAAACCAACAGUCUGAUGUGAAUCUUAUUGAUGUUAUCACACCCUCUUAUAUCAGCCCAUUAUUAAACGACCCUGAAAUAGCAACACCUGAGGAAUUACGAGAAGUUAUUCAAAGCCCACAAUUUGCUCAAGUAGACUAUCCUUUAAUAAUUGUGGCGGCUAAAGCUGAAAUUUUAAUAAGUUUUUUUCGUGUCAUGUUACAGGAAGAUAAA